UGCAGCAGCAGCAGGAGCAGCAGCGAGAGAGAAAGGGGAGGAGGGCAGGACAGAGAGGGGGACGGAAGGUCACCACCUACCUGACAGGUUCAGCCUCUGCUCUCAGCAAGACUCAUCUAUAUUCACUCCCUGUCACCUUGGAAAAAGAGAAAAAAAAAAAAAGAAAGAAAAAAGGCACUGCUACCUACAACCCAUCAGCAAGUAAACUAAGCUUAAAAUAUAUCUAUAAAAAAAUCACAUAUCUAUUUAAACGCAGUAGAAGCCACAGCAGCUGAAGCUGAUCCCUGGGUAGCAUGAAUACCAUGAACCAGAUAGAAACAAACAUGCAGUACACCUACAACUACGAAGAAGAUGAGUACAUGACCCAAGAAGAAGAAUGGGACAGGGACCUGCUCCUCGACCCAGCAUGGGAGAAACAGCAAAGGAAGACCUUUACAGCCUGGUGCAAUUCCCACCUCAGGAAAGCAGGCACGCAGAUUGAGAACAUUGAGGAGGACUUCAGAAACGGCCUCAAACUGAUGCUCCUCUUGGAAGUUAUCUCAGGGGAACGACUACCGAAACCAGACAGAGGGAAGAUGCGCUUCCAUAAAAUUGCUAAUGUCAACAAAGCUCUGGAUUAUAUCGCCAGCAAAGGAGUGAAACUUGUGUCAAUUGGUGCAGAAGAAAUUGUUGAUGGCAAUGUGAAAAUGACGCUGGGUAUGAUCUGGACUAUCAUCCUUCGCUUUGCUAUUCAGGAUAUUUCAGUGGAAGAGACCUCUGCCAAAGAAGGGCUGCUGCUGUGGUGUCAAAGAAAAACUGCUCCUUACAGAAAUGUGAACAUUCAGAACUUCCAUCUUAGCUGGAAAGAUGGCCUUGGAUUAUGUGCACUUAUCCACAGACACCGACCUGAUCUUAUUGACUACUCCAAGCUAAAUAAGGAUGACCCCAUAGGAAAUAUCAACCUUGCCAUGGAAAUUGCUGAAAAGCAUUUGGAUAUCCCUAAGAUGUUGGAUGCAGAAGAUAUUGUGAACACUCCCAAACCUGAUGAGAGAGCUAUCAUGACAUAUGUGUCCUGCUUCUACCAUGCUUUUGCUGGAGCAGAGCAGGCUGAGACUGCAGCUAACCGGAUCUGUAAGGUGCUUGCUGUGAAUCAGGAAAAUGAGAGGCUGAUGGAAGAGUAUGAGAGACUAGCAAGUGAGCUUUUAGAAUGGAUUCGCCGGACAAUUCCUUGGCUGGAAAACAGGACCCCAGAAAAAACAAUGCAGGCUAUGCAGAAGAAAUUAGAGGAUUUCCGGGACUACCGCCGCAAACACAAACCCCCCAAAGUCCAAGAGAAAUGUCAGCUGGAGAUCAAUUUCAACACCCUGCAGACAAAACUGAGAAUCAGCAACCGGCCAGCUUUCAUGCCAUCAGAGGGAAAAAUGGUUUCA